AUGAGGGGAAGCAAGGGGGGAAAGGAGGGGAAGCAAGGGCGAAAAGGAGGGGAAGCAGGGGGGGAAAGGAGGGGACGCAAGGGGGGAAAGGAGGGGAAGCAGCGGGGGAAAGGAGGGGAAGCAGCGGGGGAAAAGGAGGGGAAGCAGCGGGGGAAAGGAGGGGAAGCAGGGGGGAAAAGGAGGGGAUGCAAGGGGGAAAAGGAGAGGAAGCAGGGGGGGAAAGGAGGGGACGCAAGGGGGGAAAGGAGGGGAAGCAUGGGGGGAAAGGAGGGGAAGCAAGGGGGAAAAGGAGGGGACGCAAGGUGGGAAAGGAGGGAAUGCAAGGGGGGAACGGAGGGGAAGCAGGGGGGGAAAGGAGGGGAAGCAAGUGGGGGAAAGGAGGGGAAUCAGGGGAAUCCGCGCCUCAUCCCCUUCCUCGUCGUCCCCUUCUGCACCUCUCCCCUCACUCUCCGCCUCUCCCCUCCCUAUCCCCCUCUUCCCUCCCUCUCCGUCUCUCCCCUCCCUCUCCGCCUCUCCCCUCUCUAUCCGACUCUUCCCUCCCUCUGCGCGUUUCCCCUCCCUCUCCGCCUCUCCCCUCCCUCUCCGCCUCUUCCCUCCCUCUCCGCUCCCCUCCCUCUCCGCCUUCCGCAGUCCCCGUGUUGA